CUAAAAUGAAUCCAUGAAACACCACCUAUCUCGGGGCAAAAACAGAAGUGGUAAAUAAUAUCAUGGAGAUGAACAGAAGGAGAUCAAGAGGGUUCAUGAUAGCUAAGCUAAUGCCCUUUUGCAAAGCUGUGAAAUCUCCAACUCCUUCACAAGACCUUUAUAAUAAUGUUCAUUACACUUCUUCCACUACGACUUCCUACGCUCGUCAACCUGAUUUCAACAACUACGUAACUGCCACUUCGCCUAUCCCUCCUAAAGUUAGCUUCCUCCUUCAACCAUCCGUGGCUCCUGAGGGUAAGGAUAUGGAAAAGAAGCUGACCAUGAUGGCUGAGAAGCUGAUCGGCAGAGGGAUUAACGGUGUGAACGAGUGCGUUGACGCUAGAGCCGCUUCUUAUAUCUCUUCGGUUCGAGAAAGGUUUAAGGCGGACCAUUGUGAUCAGAAACUGACGACUGUUAUUAGCUUAGAUGAUGAAGAUUGACCAUUAGGAUUUAAGUGGAGUUACGUAAGUCAUAAUUAUGUACUGCUCUACGUUACUUCAAGAUAAGGUAUUAAUGGGAAUUCAAGCUUUUAUUUGGGGUCUGUAA